CUUCGAUGUGCAUUGUGCAUCCCACCGCAUAGCGUAUCAUCCCGACAGUUCACGUUACGACGUCUGUGGGUGAGGGGCAGCCAUUCCGAUGAGCAGGAAGAUGAACAGUGUCGGCGAGAUGGAAGGCUACGACGCCGACUUCGACCCUCCCCUCGAGAAACGACUGGAGUGUCCUAUCUGCCUUCUCGCCCAACGAGACCCCAUGCAGACGCCCUGUGGACACCGAUUCUGCGGACCGUGCCUUCACCGAGCAAUCAAUGUAACUGGACCCAAGUGCCCUGUGGACAAUCAGCGCAUCAGAGUCACUCAGUUGUUUCGAGACAAUUUUGCAAGACGCGAGGUGCUGUCUCUUCACGUGAGAUGUCGAAUGCGUGAGAAGGGAUGUGAGUGGAACGGCGAGCUGCGGGCUCUUGCGGAGCAUAAGAACAAGUGUCCGUUUGAGGAGAUUGUGUGUCCAAAUGGGUGCGGAUUGACCGCGUUACGUAAGGUCAUCAACUUGCAUCAAGAUGACUGUCCAAAGCGAUGGGUGCUAUGCGAUCUGUGCAGUCUAUAUGUUCAGUUUGAUAAUUUAGAUUCUCAUGUAACAGUGUGUAACAAGAUUGUGUUGUCGCCGUGUCAACCGGCCGUCACACACAAGAGACACGUUGUGUGGUCGGGCGAACUAGAGUGGCAUGACUUCGGCAAGCAGCCGAUAUUCGGAGAUGAGGCAUCGCCAGUUGUAGAACGACUGCUUGUUCAUGCAUCCAUGAAACCCAACGAACAGGCACUGAAGACAGACUUGUGGCCAAGUUGUCUACAACUUCAUCUUGUUCGUAGUGACCUUCUGUGUUACAUUGAGGAUUCGUACCUCGAGUCGAGUAGACUUGCAUUGUACAUGGCUGGUCCAUAUCAUCAUAUGGUCAAUGGCCUUUUUAUCCACUUUAUGGAGAAGAUUGGUUGUGUUAUAUUUCCUGAGACUGAGGGAUGCAGCAUGGAAGGAUUUAUCAUGCUGUGGGACAGAAAACUGAAGAGCUUUGUCGGAAUGGUACCAAAAGAGCAGAGAGGAUUCAGAGCAAGGCUACAGAAUGCAAUCGCUAGAAACAACCAACAGAUGAUGGCCUAUACGUCCGUCUCUGAAAUUCCUCUUCACCUACCAGGCGAACCAACCCUCAUCCCUCAACCAUCACUUGCCCAUUCGACAUCCCCACCACCGUGGCUACAGACACAGCAAGAAAACACGAAUCUGCCUAGUCCACCUCAGCCUCGCAGCUACAACCGUCGUUCAUCGCCUCGCAGCAAUCGAAACAAUCGAAGUCGUCGGUCGCAAGCCAACACAACAAGUCAUGGAAUGCAACUGCCACCUGCAGAAUCGGCGGGUCCAAUGUCGUUUACGUGUGCAUUUGUUCCACCAUUGGGUACGAUGAUUCAGGGCACGGCAGUGUCACCAAACAUGUCUCAGCUACAGGCUCUAUCUCCUCCUAUAACGCCGAUGGCGCCGCUGUUGCCGUUUGCAUUGAACUCGACGUAUAUUUACGGUCGUCCACCUGUGGCGCAAGGUGCGGCUCAUCAGUUGCCAAUCGAUGUGACGGGGAGAACGUAUGGUAGACCGAUCAUGUCAGCGAGACAUUCCAUGUUGUACCAUCCAUACUCUCGAUCGAGCCACGACACCGACCAUCCACACUCAGCAACAGUAGCAACCAGCCGAAGUCGGACCCAUUUCCCCUCGUCCUUGCCCUCGUCACUACGGACAGUCGACAACGACGACUCAUCUCCACCAAGAAUCAUGGCCGCUCCGACAAUACAACAACCGCAGCCACUCAAUCCAAUGUGGGAUUACUUUGUUCGUGACGUCAUCAAUGGGGAGCCUGUCAUAGCGACAGGUCAGAUGAUUUCGCCUCCAGCUGCGUCGGGAUCGUUGGGUCCUAUUGCUCCUUUGCCAUCGAUUACACGAGGGACUUCGGUUGAUAUCGCAGUUCCGCAGGAUGGUAUGGCUGUUGCUUCUGUGGCGAGUGGAAUGGCACCCGAACGCGAGCAGCAACAGUUAAUGGGUGGCACACCGAGUGGUAUGGUGCCAAGUGGAUACAGGUUUUUUCACUAUGGACCGAACUUUCAUCCGGGGCGAUGAGAAUUGACUCUGACAAUGUCAGGAUCAACACACCGACAGAUAUACUGCAACUCAAGCAUUGUUUCUCGUGCUGGACUAGCAUUGCGAUACAGACACAAGUUUCACUUUAUUGUAUUUUGAAGUUACUACAAUUUUGGUGUUAAUUAAUUAAGUUAAAGACUUGGUUGUGUCGUCGUUUCUACUAUGAUGUAGGCACAUCUAGAGAUGGCAAGAUAUCUCGAAAGUUUUUCUACGAAUAUUCAGCAAUAUAUUGUUGAACGACGAAUUGUCACUUACAAGGAACUUCUGUCUUUCUAUGUUGCACGUCACACUCUCG